AUUCUGUGAGCUGUUUUGUUACAAGUGUAUCCAAUGUCCCCAGCACCAAGGACUUAUGGGGGCACCGCUCAUUCCUGCUUCACUCGCUCUGCAGCUUCGGGAAGUGGUGGCUGCGUUUGGAAGCAGAGCUUGCCCAGCUUGACCACAAGAUGUUUCGAGCCCCUAAGUGCUCUAGGUGCCGGAACCAUGGCUACCUGGUACCAGUCAAGGGCCAUACGGGCAAAUGCCGCUGGAAGCAGUGCAUCUGUGACAAGUGCUACCUGAUCACCGAGCGCCAGAAGAUCAUGGCUGCCCAGAAGGUUCUGAGAACCCAAGCUGCUGAGGAGCAGGUGGCAACCGUGGGCACGCAGGGUCCCCUGCUGCCUCCUAGGGCUCCAGCAGCAGCGGCCACCGCCUUGAGCUCCAGCAUUUGCCCACUGCCUAGGGCGGUUCCGGGAGGCGUUGGGCCAGGCCCCGCGGCCACUUGCUUCCUCGAGAGGCCCCCGCAGGCCCCGAGCCCAGGCCCGAGCACCUUCCAGCUGGGCCCAAGUGGCCGCCCGGGCCCCAGCACCUUCCAGCCUGGACCAGGGGCCCCGGGGGGACUGCGCGACCGUUCCCCCGCGUGGCUGCUCAUGGCACAGGCGCCCAGGCCGGAGCUUUGCUACCCGGAUCAGCACCUGCCAGUGCGGCCCGUGCCAGUGCCAGGGCCAGUGCGGCCAGGGCCAGUGCGGCCCGUGCCCCGACUGCCGUUCGCCGACUACGGGCAUCCUCUGAGAUUCAAGUCUGAUCAUGUGGUAGGAGCUGGGAACCCUGAGAGAGAGCCGUUCAAGCAGUGCCCUGCCUGCGUCCCUGUUUCACCCUACCAGUCCUUUCCACUUUCGGAAGGCCAGGAUUCAUCCUCUGCUCUGGGGGUCCCUCAACAAAGAGGCUUCCGGCAUGUCUCCUGCAGCCCCUACCAUAGAAGCGGCUUGGUGUCAGAGCCAGCCAGAGACCUGCAGCCAACCUACUGCUCACCGCCGCCGCCGCCACCACCACCACCACCACCACCACUACCAGCAACCCCACCCCAGCCACAACAGCCCCACUACCUCCCACCAGGCUACCUCUCUGCUCUCCACUUCCUGCCACCACCACCACCGCCACCAUCUCCACCAUCUUUCUCGCUGACCUACGAUACAGACAAGGAGAAUGCCAAUGACCAGGAUGCAGAAGCACCCAGCAAGCCCAGCCAGGACUCUCCCCAGGAGCAGUCCAACUAAGCUGCAGGCCACCUGGAAGGCCACCGGGUGGGGACGGGCAUAGAUGGCGGGAGUUAUUUUUUCACCAUGUUCAUGUGAUGUAGGGAGAAAGGAUGCUGAUAGGUGUGAGAAGGCAGCUAAUUUCCUACUUCAGGUUAGAAGGGCAAAGGUGGUUUCCAAGGUUCUCUGGAUCCUGGGUGGGUGUUGAAGUGGUGUACAAAGGGAGAGAAUGUCUGGGGUGGGCAGGGCCUUUAAAGAGUGGGGGCUGGUGAAACACAAGUUUAGAAAUGAAUUUAACCAUCUUGAGCCAUGUAUGAAAUUCACUUCUAGAGGUGGCCCCUGAUUUCCCCAAGCCUCACUCAGGACAGAAGGCACCAUUCAGUUCAGCCUUCUGCCCCCUUUGCCUGAACCCCAAGCCUGGGUACCGCAAACACCAAGGCUUCCAGACAGUGCAGGGCAAGUGCCAGGGCCUGAGAUGCUGACAGCAGGUUCUGCAGCAUCCACCUUUGCCCAACACUGCCUCUCGUCCUCUUCCAGAGAGUGAGCGUCCUGACGCCUGAGCCACUUCACUUCCCUGGGAAACUCAAGCAUAGGCAUCCUUUCUCAUUUCAAAAUGUAGAUUUUAGCAUUUGAUGUUCUUAUGGUGGGGAACUCACGGGCACUGCAGCAGUUCCCGGAGCAUAAAAUGGCCAUUUGUUCUCUGGGGACAGUAUUAAAUAAAAUGAGCAUUAGAAAUC